AGCACAGUAGCUGUCCAAAUCUGACGGAGCGUGUCUCUCUCUGACCAGUGGCCGUGCCUCACCGGUUACUCGGAUGAUCUGCACUCAGAAGCUAAAAAGACCGUGAUAUCAUUGGACAUUCAACGACGUGUCAUCCCAUCAGCAAUUAAUACAUGACCAUGGGCUGAUCAAACAUGUAGAUAUAUUAACAGCAGAAUUUCACCUCUCAGAUCUCGAUUCUGCAAUCACUCAAUCAUGAACGGCGACAAACCACUUUAUGCUAGACUGGAUGGCGGAGAAGCGUAUCCUAUCGAGGAGUCAAUCUGGGAAGCAUUCUUUACUGUAGCGAAAGAAAAGCCUGAUCAUGUCGCUGUCAUCUCCAGAAGUCAGCCUUCCAACCUCUUAGAGCCUGUUGUUGGCAAAUCCCACAACUGGUCAAGCUAUGGUCUCGAAUGGACAUACUCGCACCUUGUUCAGGGGGCAGUAAAUGUCGCUUCUGUGUUCAAAAGUCACAGAGUCAAACGAGGCUCGAUACUACUGGCUUUUCUGCCACCAAUUUGUGCAGAAUGGUCUUUGCUUUGGUGGGCAGCGAACCUCCACGGAGUCACUCUUGUGACCAUCGACAAAAGAGCUCUGGAGCCAGCAAGAUCGGACGAACUGAGCUUCUAUAUCCGCUCUCUCCAACCAGAGAUUAUAACCAUCCAUGGAAGCGAUGGUACUGGAGCAGUGAAUGGAGUCUGUACCGAACUGAAACAUUUUGUCAAGUGUAAGGUGACUUUUGAUUCGGUCGAUGGAGCACCAGGCUGGCGGGCGCUGGCAAGUUUCGACUUUUCGGAGAGCAACAUAAAGCGAGCCAACGAUCGGUGUGCGGACUACGACCGCACGGCCGUGAUUCUAUACACCUCGGGUACAUCGACUGGUCAACCCAAGGGCUGCCCUUUGACAGAAAAGAAUCUCAUCCUCGGCUGGUCUGUACAAAAUCCUGCUACCGAUAAGCAUAUCGGCAUCCCCUCUCGAAUUGUGAUGAUGUUUGCGAACUCGCGAGCCAUCAACCUGCAUAUGUGCAGUCAGUGUUGGCUGGUCGGAGGUACGAUAAUAUACCUCUCCACGGGCUUCACUCCGGAAGGAGUACUGUCAACGAUUGAACAAGAACGAAUCACGGCCGCCAUAUUCAUACCACCCAUGUUGAGUGCACUUGUAAAGUGUCCAACAUUUUCCAAGAACAGGGUUCAAAGUAUGGUGAGGGUAUUUGUAGGAGGCGACAUUGUGACAGCGAAUAUCCAAGAUCUGGUAACCGACCAUUUCGUGAACGCUCGGGUGGUCUCUGCUUAUGCAAUGACUGAAGGUCUCUGGGUCGUUGGCUGGCCACUGUCUGAUGCUCCAGAACGUAUUCCAGUUUGCAGAGGCUUACUGGCACAAGGUAGCAUUCUUCCAGGGAAUCUCCUCAAGAUCGUGGGCGACAAGUGCAACACUGUUAGGCGAGGAGAGACGGGAGACAUCUAUAUCCGAUCCCCAGCCAUGAUCAGCCGGUAUCGCGGCAACGUGGCUCCUGAUACCUUCCAUGAGGACAAUGAGGGCAGAUGGUUCAAGACUGGUGAUACUGGCUUCAUCGACGAUGAUGCUUUGCUGUAUGUCAUGGGACGGAAGAAGGAUAUCAUCAAACGAAUCGGUGUGCCUGUCCCUCCAAUCUUGCUGGAGAACAUCCUCGCCACUUUCGGAGGCGUCCGCGCAUCGGUCUUCGGACUUCCAAACGCAAAACUGGGAGAAGAAAUAGUGGCAGUUGUGUCGAGUAUGGCAGAGAUCAAGCCUCAGAAACUCACGGAUCUGGUGGCUGAGCAUUUAGGUCCGGAUUACGCGGUAGGGAAAGUGUUCGCACUGCAGGAUCUGGGCAUGCAGGAGUUUCCGGUCAAUGUGACGGGCAAAGUCAUGAAGAUCGAGUUGCGCAAGGCCGUCGAGAACUUGUACGCGAGGGAGUGAUCGAAAAGGCAGCUGCAGGACAAUAUUUGUUCUUGCUUGAUGACAUUCGACCUUUGUCUGUCGUGGGUGCUCCUGCUGGUACAGCGAAUUUUCACAUGUGGACGUUCAAGUACCUUCCAUCUUGAAUGCGGCAAUGACGAGCCAUGACUCUUGACUAUCUUGAUCUCGUCGCCUUGCUCAGCCAUCUUUCCUACUCUACACUUUCCACCAGCCUUUUUUAAUCAUUCUGUACAGCCACUUUCCCUGGUCUCGGCCAGAGUACC